UGUCCUCAAGAAGAAUGGUCCUGCCCUGCCAUCUAGUGGUCGCAUGGCAAAGGUGCCAUCCAACCAGCAUUUCAAUAAAGCCAAAAUUUGUUUUACCAACUUCGGAAGAAGGCAACAAAUGUACAUUGUUCUGGGUAAAACUUUGACUUGGUUGAAGACUUAUUGAUACCAAACACAGAUCAGUCUACUUUGCAGAUGUGAAUGGCCUGUGGAAAGCAGAGAGAAGCCACUGGAUGUGGCUUCCAAAAAAAACUUUUUAAAGAUGGUGGCUCAGCUGGUCAGGAACCUGCCUUGAGGACUAAAUUAGAUAAAAUAGGAGAUGAGAUCAUUGUAGUAAAUGAACUUCUAAAUAAAUUGGAAUUGGAGAUUCAGUAUCAAGAACAAACCAACCAUUCACUCAAGGAACUCUGUGAGUCCGUUGAAGAGGAUUAUAAAGACGUGGAGCAUCUCAAAGAAAACAUUCCUCCCCAUUUGCCUCAAGUAACAGUAAGCCAGAACUUUGCUAAUGUCUCAGAUCUUGACCCUGAGGAACCAGUCAAAGUUGAGGAAACCGCAGCCACAAGGAAGCCCCCAAAAGAACAAAGAAGUAUAAAAGAAAUGCCGUUUAUAACUUCUGAUGAAUUUAAUGGCAUUCCAGCGUACAUGAAAUCUCGCUUAACCUAUUGUCAAAUUAAUGAUGUUAUUAAAGAAAUCAACAAGGCGGUGGUUAGUAAAUACAAGAUCCUACAUCAACCAAAAAAGUCCAUGAGUUCCGUGGCCAGAAAUCUCUACCACAGAUUUAUUGACGAAGAAACGAAAGAUACCAAAGGUCACUAUUUCAUAGUGGAAGCUGACAUAAAGGAGUUCACAGCUUUGAAAGCUGACAAGCGGUUUCACGUGAUACUGAAUAUCUUACGACACUGCCGGAGGCUCUCAGAGGUCCGCGGGGGAGGCCUUACCCGAUACGUCAUAACUUGAAGCCCGCGUGCUCUUUUGAACUGGCCAGAUAUGGGGUGUAGGCCACUCCCGUGGUUUCCUUAUAUGUGAUUUCUUUAUAAAUGAUUUCUUUGGCUUUUUCAUUUUCUUUUCUAGCUUCCUAUAAAAACAAUUUUUUAGGAGGUAAAGCACAUAUAUUUUAAAAUUCAUUUUCUUUCAGAACGUAUUUAACCCCCUACCAGAUGAACCUCUGUGCUAGGUAUAUAAUGGAACUAAAAAAUAUUCAUGGUUAAUUUUUGUGUUUAGUGACAGUGCUGUAGACCUCAAUAAGAUAGAUGCACAUGUGAUAAUGGAAGAAAAAGUUCAAGAAGAUAAGGUCAAAGAUACCCUAUCUUUUUUUUUUUUUUUUUUUUAAGUAGGCUCCACACCCAGCAUGGAGCUCAGCACAAGGCUUGAACUCAUGACUCUGAGAUUAAGAUGUGAGCUGAGACCAAGAGUCAGACACUUAACUAAGCCACUCAGGUGCUUCAGUGAUACCCAGGCUCUUUAGAAUUAAAGGUUGUUAAUGUCAAAAUUCUAUCAAUGGCAUUUCAGUCUACAGGCAGAAGUUGGAUUUAUAGGCAGCCCCCCUCCCUGGGAUGAUUCUGCUUUCUCAUGUGUUGUUAGGGAACAGCUUACCUGAAAUGCAUUUGGUAUGGACCAAUCCAUAAACGUCAACUAUAAUGAAAUUUAAUAAAAAUAUACUGAGAUGAAAAAAAUGAUAAAAUAACACAUAAGCGGUUUGAUAGUUGUCGGGAAAAUGGGUGGUUGGAUUGCAAGAAUUGCGGAUGUUUCUCUUGUGCACUUAUGGAGACUGGCUAUGUGUGUUUUAGUCAGAGUUCUCCAGAGAUACAGAACCAAUAGGAGGUAGAUAUAUGGAGAGAGAGAGAGAUGAUGACAAAUUGGUUGAGAAGUCCCUCGAUCUGCCGUCUGCCAGCUGGAGACCGAGGAAAG